ACCGGAUUAGUGGCACAACGGAAGUGCAGAACAGCGUCACCUAGCCGGGUCACACCCACGAACCCAAGAAACCACAUCCGAACCCAAAUCUGCGCCUCUCCGUCGCCAUGGCUCUCUCAUCCCUCUUCGUCUCCCUCCCCCUCCCCAUCCCGAGGCCGCCAUCCACCUCCAAAUCAAGCCGCUUCCUCCCUAUCCGGGCCUCUCCCGCCGCCGCCGCCACCGCCUCCCCAUCUUUUGACCUGCGCCGCUACUGGACCUCGCUGAUCUCGGAGGUCGAGGGCGAGCUCGAUGCCGCGAUGCCCAUCCGCCCGCCGGAGAGCAUCCACAACGCCAUGCGCCACGCCGUCCUCCCGGGCGCCGGAAAGGAGGGCGCCGCCAAGCGCGCGCCCCCGGUUCUCUGCGUCGCCGCCUGCGAGCUCCUCGGCGCGCCGCGCGCCGCGGCGCUCCCCACCGCCGCCGCGCUGGAGAUGCUCCACGCGGCGUCCCUCGUGCACGACGACUUGCCGUGCUUUGACGCCGCGCCCACCCGCCGAGGUCGCCCGUCCACCCACGCGGCGUACGGCACGGACAUGGCCGUCCUCGCAGGAGACGCGCUCUUCCCGCUCGCCUACACCCACGUCAUCUCCCGCACCCCCUCCCCCGACCCCGUGUCGCACGCCGUCCUCCUCCGCGUUCUCGCAGAACUCGCGCGCACCGUGGGAUCCACCGGCAUGGCCGCCGGCCAGUUCCUCGAUCUCGCCGGUGCCAGCGCCCUCGGUGAAGCCGAGGUCAUGCAGGUCCUGACCAAGAAGUUCGGCGAGAUGGCGGAGUGCUCAGCCGCGUGCGGGGCUAUGCUAGGCGGUGCGGGCCCCGACGAGGAGGCCGCGUUGCGGCGAUACGGCCGCACCAUUGGCGUCCUGUACGAGCUCGUGGACGACAUGCGGAGCGCGUCGGGAAACGGCAAGAUGAGGAGCAACGCCAGCGUCCUGCGCUCUCUGGGCAUGGACCGUGCGCUGGGCAUCGUCGAGGAGCUCAAGGCGCAGGCCAAGACGGAGGCGGACAGGUUCGGUGAUAAGUAUGGCGACCGGGUGCUGCCUCUGUACAGCUUCGUGGACUACGCCGUGGAGAGGGGCUUUGAGCUCCAGGAUGCAGCCACCGCGAAGCUUUAAGCAUUGGCACAGGUGACAUGUAGAGUUAUGUGGUGCUGAAAUUCUGUGAUCUGAAACUCUAAAUCUGUAACAUAUGUGUUCAGAACAUUAGAUGCGUGGUUGCUGUUUCUGUCCAAAACGUAGCAAGUUCAUAACAUGGUAUCAAAUGAUAAACUUAUUUGAUAAAAUGCUAGUAAUAUUUUUGAGUUCCUAA